CUCGCUUUAUUUUUCUCUUUCUUUCUCUCACUCCCUCCUCGCCUCUCAGCCUUUCUUAGACUUGUUAGUGUUACUAAUAAUUUUUUUUUAUACUUCGGAGCGCUAAUAUCUCUUUUCGUUAAAACGAGUUUAUUUUCGUUUGACUUGUAGUCCUUUCAACAUGAAGUCUUUUCUGAUUAUCCCUGUCUCUAUAUUUCUGCUGACACUAUGGAUACAAUUAGGAUAUGGACUUCAAUGCUAUAAUUGCAACUCAUUUUAUAAUGAAGGCUGUGGGCUAUCAUUAAGUAAUUUUGAGUUUGUGCAGAAUUGCUCUGAUACACACAAGGGAUGUAGAAAAGUUGUGCAGAAAAUCAAAGUUGGCGACGAGUGGGAAAUGCGAUACAUCAGACAGUGUGCAGAAGAUGGUGACGUCGGCAAAUGCAGCUAUAAAGUUGGCACUGAUGAUAUAAAAAUGUUUUAUUGUUACUGCACAGACAAAGAUAAAUGCAAUAGUGGAUCAAGCCUGUACAGCACUGUUUUCCUCGUAUUUAUUGCCAUCAUUGGACAGUACCUAAGCUAUGAUCUUUAGCAUUAUUCACAUUACAAACUCUAUUUUUUACAUAAAUUUCUUGCUAAUGACCCCCUCCCUUUUUUUUUUAUAAAGUUUGUUAUUUACAUAAUUUUUUUUGCUUGUUCCAUUUGAUUAAAUAAUUAUCUGUUCUCUUCUAGGUUAAAAAUCUUAAGCUUAACAACUCAACUCAUGCAACACUAAUUUCUUAAACCAUUUUCAUUUCUCUUUCUUGCAUUUUUUUUGUAUUCUGAUGUUUCUCAUCUUUAAUAGUGUUAUUUAAACAUUUUCACUCUAACUUUGAUGAAUUUUAAAAGUAGAAUAGUAAUUUGCUUUUUAAAAUCGUUUUUUAGUUAGACUACUUAACAUUUGAAAUCUAACCUCUUCAAAAAUAUUAUCUACUUAGCAAUAUUUUUCGCUUUCACUUGGAGAUGUUACAUUUUACUUCUAUCAAAAGUUUUAUGUAUCUGGUAUUAUGAGUGGAGUAUAAUGUACCUUUUUGUUUGUAAAAGAACAAUCAAAUAUGUUCUUGUAUUAAUAUCUCUUGGUACCUGUUAAACUUUAGGAUGAAGCUGAAAGAAUAGCUAAAGUGGAUACUUUUGGAAGUCACAUUUAUCUUAUAAACAGAUCAUUUCAGUGUGAAUAAUAAACAAUAAAGAAAUAGUCAUUUAAAAAUCUAAAGAUUAAGGAUGCAAAUUUUCUGCAAGGUUUAAACUCUGCCAUUUGUUAAGUACACCACAAUUAUGAAAACCAAAUGAAUUUACUUGGAAUAAAAAUAAAAAAACAUAGUGUGAUUUCCUCAAUGCUGAUUUUACAAUAAAGUCAUUUUUAUGGUCUACACUGACAAAGCUAGUAGGUCACUUUUGAAUUUGCUUUUCAUUUCAUUUAGGAUGAACCUUUUCAAUGUAAUAGUUCUAGUUGAUAUUGAUGCAAAUAUGAUUUCAUUCAGCAAUUAUAAUAUUGCUGAUCAAACACACCUUUUUACAUACAUUGUGCCAUCCUGCCAUUACAAUCUCCAUAUCUGAUAGCCUGAAAUGAUUCUAAAGAAAAACUCUGUAUCAUACAUGAGAGAUGGAUUUUUAUAGGAUUUCAUUUCCACAAUUACGGGAACCUCAUAAAUGUGAAUUGUACUCAAAUAUGGUGUUUGUAAUCAACUGUUGAUGUAAGCUUACAGUUUACUGAUCUACAUCAAAAUUGGUGCUAAGCUACUGCAGCUGGUUUUUACUUUUCACUGAGAUUUUAUAAAACUCAUGUAUAUAGCUGAUAUUUUCUUUGUAUCCAACAUGCUGCUGUUAAACCAUUCUUCAUCCAGUCUUUGCUUACAAGAAGAAACAAGGAUCUUCAACAUCUGACUAAACAGUUCUGAUAUUCAAGGUCUUCUGAAACUAGUCUUUAAAUAGGAAACCGCUUUAAAGCUGAUUAAAUCUAAAUUUUAUCUAUAUUUAUAUAUCUUUUAUUCUUGGAAGCUGGAAAAUUAUGAUUUAUUUAUUUUCCAAACUAUCUAUUCCACUUUAAAUAAAUCCAUAUUUUAUGAGUUGGCAUCAACUCCAUGUUCCAUGUAGUUUGGGUAAUUUAAAAAAAAAAUCAAAAACAUCAAUGCACAUCAAUUAUUACGUGUAUUAAAACUAGAAUGAUAUCAGAAAUAAUAGAUCACCAAAAUAAAUCCAUUAUAGUAUUUGGUUUUGUCCUUAUGUGCUCUUGUAUACACUUUAUAUGUUUAUUCAUCAGGGCUAGAUAAAAUAUAUAAGAAUAAUAUCCAGGUAGUGAUUUAAUCAGAGAUUCAACUGUUCGGGAAAAAUUGGCCUUGUGCUUACUCAGAAGAAGUAAGCAUUCUUUAUCUGUUAUAAAGAAACCCAAAAGCAGCUACAGGUUUUCAUAAUACAGAACAAUCAUGGUAAUAAAGAUGGGAAUGAUGAUGAAGUGCUGCCUCACGGAAAAAACGAAAAUAAAGCCUUUGUGUAUCAGUCCAAUUGGCACAAUAAUCAUAAGUGUACAUCUUUUCUAUUGAUUUUAAAUUUGUUUAUCAUUUGAAGUUCCAGUUGUAGUUUGUAAUUGUUAUGGUUACAUUAAAGUACUUUAAACUGU